ACCUGAUGGUGCUGAAAGAGGAGAGUGAAGUACUAGUUGAAGAUCACUAUGAGAAGAAACAGUGUGAUUUCAUCAAUGGAGAGAAACCCAGAGAAACUGAAAAGACUUCCUCACAAAAAAGAGCUCAGAAGACCAAAUCUAACAGUCACUUCACCUGUGAUCAGUGUGGAAAGAGUUUCACUGAAAAAGGAAGCCUUAAAAGCCACAUGAGAGUUCACACCGGAGAGAAGCCUUUCACAUGCCCUCAAUGUGGAAAACGUUUUACACAUAAAGGAAGCCUUAAUGACCACACGAGAGUUCACACUGGAGAGAAGCCCUUCACCUGCCAACAGUGUGGAAAACGUUUCACGCAAAAACAAAACCUGACGGUCCACAUGAGAGUUCACACUGGAGAGAAACCUUACACAUGCCCUCAGUGUGGACAGAGUUUCAGGCAUAAGAAAAACCUGUACACCCACAUCAGUCGUCACACGGAGACCGCUUUCACCUGCAAACUGUGUUGCAAGAACUUCUCGCAUGAAGAAAUUGCUAAUGCCCACAUAGAAAUGGACAGUGGAGAGAGCGCAUUGACCUGCCAACAGAUAUGCCAACAUAUGUACUCCGUGUGGACACAUUUUCGCACAUAA